AUGUCUGCAGCAGCACAGCAGCCAAAUGCUAAGGCAGGCAGCCCUAAUGACUUUCUCAAAGGCGUCAUUGGCAAGAACGUCAAUGUUCGUCUCAAUUCCGGUAUCGACUACCGCGGCGUGCUCUCGUGCUUGGAUGGCUACAUGAACAUCGCGCUCGAGCAAACAGUCGAGUACGUCGAUGGUAUCAAGAAGAACUCGUACGGUGACGCUUUCAUUCGAGGUAACAAUGUAAUGUACAUCACCGCUUUGGAAAAGUAA